AUGUCAACUCCACUUAAUACCGAUAAUACUACUACAUCUACCCCCAUUUCUACAAAUUCCAACACAAACAUUUUGCAAUUGCCGUUGUCCAAAAUAAAACGUAUUGCUAAAACAGAUCCAGAGUAUAUAUUAACAUCUCAGCAAGCAUAUAUUCUAACAGGUUUAGCAACACAACUAUUCAUAGAAAAGUUUGUUGAAGAUAUCACAUUACAAUCCCAAUUAAGUUACGCAGGUAAUAAGUCUAAAUCCAAAGCUAAAUCUAAGAUAAAGAGUAUUAAUGGUGCUAGCAAUAAUAAUAUAAGAUUAACCUAUGAAGAUAUAUCCAAUGUUGUUGCCAAAGUUGACAAGUAUCAAUUUUUGGGUGAUAUUAUUCCAGAGACAAAACCUCUAAUCAAUUUAGUUCGUGAAAACAAAGUUAGAUACAGUAUAUUAGAAGAAGGCCAGCAAAUGCUACCAUUCAACAAUGCCAAUGACAAUAACAAUCCUACUGACGGUGAAAAAGAGGAACAACAUAAUAUUAAUGGCGUGGACAAUGAAGAUUUUGAAAUGGUAACUGAAGAGGAAGAUAGUGAAGAUGGAGAGAAUGGCCAGAGUGGAGAAGAUAGUCGAGAUACAAAUAGUGCUGAAGAAAAAAGCAGUACUGAUGAUAGUGAUAUUGAGUUAAACACGUAUUAG